UCAACAGUACCGAUACCAUCCUUGCUUGGACCCAGGUCUCAGCAGGUCUGUUGGAAAAGGCGACUAUUCUUAGACGGGAGGCAAAGUCAGGGGCACCUCCAUCAUGAGUAUGGAGGGUCUUGAGGCCCUCCACCACGACUCAGUUCUGUGCUGGGUGGUGUCUACCGUCUCCUGCAGUGACACCUCCAGCAUCCUUACUGGGAGAAGCAGGACGGGAGCGGACCGUCCGUCGAUCAGCACGAGUCACCACACAAAAGGGUACGUCAAGAGACGGUUCUUCUUUCUCACCAUCGCCCGUUGGUGGGGAUGGUACGCGGUCUAUCUGGCCUGGGUGAGGGAGGGCAGUAUCGACUUCAAGUUCGAGAAGCCCUUGGAUUCCCACAAUCGUAGCCCCCUCGACUGUGCCACUUGCCCGGCUCCAGUUUUUACUCUACGUGGUUGUGUGCGCUCCUACAUGAUGCGUACCACUCAAUGGCAUGUUAGGGCAAAGGUUGACAGGUUGUGAGUAAGCGGGAAUUCGGGGACAAUCCAAUGAAAACCUCACAGUUGGCUUUUUUGAGACAAAAUGAGGGCGCAGCACCACCUACGUGGAAGCCAUCACUGCGGCUGACACGAAUGAGCUUGAUAAUAACAAGACAAUAACAACACGACCAAGAUGGUUGUAUUCGGAGAAGGCAAGGCGGAUUUUUUGCUAUUAUUAUUUGAAAUUAUGCGUCAGCGCCUAAGGACCCUGAG